UAUAAAAGUGGGUUCUGUAAAUAAUUGUAAGUCCUCUCUUUCUUCUCUCAGGCAAAACAACAAACACGCAGGAGGAUCUCAUUCUCAAGAGGUUGGACUCUUUUGGAUUUGGUUAUGGCAUCGAAGCGGAUCUUGAAAGAGCUCAAGGAUCUCCAGAAGGAUCCUCCUACGUCUUGCAGUGCAGGCCCAGUAGCUGAAGACAUGUUCCAUUGGCAAGCAACAAUUAUGGGCCCUCCUGACAGUCCAUAUGCUGGCGGAGUGUUUCUUGUCAACAUUCACUUUCCUCCAGAUUAUCCAUUUAAACCACCCAAGGUUGCUUUCAGAACAAAGGUCUUCCAUCCCAAUAUCAACAGCAACGGUAGCAUAUGCCUUGACAUACUCAAGGAACAGUGGAGUCCUGCACUAACCAUUUCUAAGGUGUUACUUUCAAUCUGUUCGCUGCUAACAGACCCGAAUCCUGAUGACCCUUUGGUGCCAGAGAUCGCACACAUGUACAAGACCGACAGAAGCAAGUACGAGGCAACCGCGAGAAGCUGGACCCAGAAGUAUGCUAUGGGUUAGUGCACUGCUUAGUGUUAGAGGAGGGAUUCUUUCCCUAUGGCUUUACUUGAAUUAUAUCUUUGAAUCUGGCUCUCUUACCCCAGGGUUUAGUUAUGAUUCCCUCCUGAAACACUGCCUGUUCUUAAACUGUUUGUAUGGAUAAAAAAAAAAAUUAUCUUCAAUCUUGAGAGUUUAUUUGAAUAAACCCCAAUUGUGGACCUGAAUCUGAUGCCCUGAUGGAAAAAUCUAUGGUCAGUUAUUACAUGGUUUAAAACAAAUAACAAUGUCUCCAGUGUCAUUUGGAUUCAGAGCUUGGGUAAAGAUAAAAGCAAUGUCCUGUUUAUGUA